UUCUCCCUUCACUCACGGCUCCUCCGUCGCGAGGACGUACCGUAUCCGUUCAUAACCUCCGCCAUUAUUCAUUAGCCCCCCCCUCGUGCGCUAUCUCUCCGUUUUUUUCCUUUCCUCGAGCUGAUCUUUACGCUCCUUUUCCCGCCCCACAGGUCUCCUGUGAGCCGUCUCGCGACUCAGCUUAUUUAGCCUCUCGUUCCCGCCUAGCGCCCGUGCCAAACCCAGGUGAUUAUCCAUCCAUCCCGUUCUCCCCGCGGUCCCGGGGAGAAACGACAGAGCGACAAAUCCCUCCCGGUGCUUCUCUGCUCUCCCCCUCCUCCUCUCUCCCCCUCCUCCCCCUCUCCUCUCCUUCUCUCUCUCUCCUUCCCGCCAGCCAUGAUCCGUGGCGGGCUAAUUCCCAGACGGUCUCCUUCUCAUCACCCUCUUCCUCCUCGCGGGCCCGAGCUAACCCUAACGAACGCCCGCAACUAACUCGCCCAACCAAGCUCUUCCGGCUUCCUGUGUGUGUGAGAGAGAGAGGGCGUGAGUGUGUGUGUGUGUGUGUUUGUGUGUGUGUGUGUCUGUGUGUGUGUGUGUGUGUGUGUGUGUGUGUGUGUGUGUGUGUGUGUGUGUCGUCAUGUCGGGGAUGACCAGCGGUGUGUGUGUGGACAGCGACCUCUCCUCCAUGCUACAGAGGGGAGGCCCUACACACACCCAUCACCCCAAUCACCAUGGUUACGGCAGCCAGGGACAGGUGGGCUGCUCCUCCCUGGCCCCCUCCAUGCUGGACUACAGCGCCGAGAUGGAGCGCUACCGCUCCUCCAUCGCCAGCUUCUACAAGACCAACGUCAACAUGAACGUGGCCAACUUCCCGCAGUCGGCCAAGCUGGCCGCCCGGCUGGCGGCGGCCACGCCCAUCUUCCCCCCGACCGCCGCCCGGAUCAGCGCCAUGGCGUCCGCCCCCUGGGGUUGCCCCGACAACAUGAACGUCAACAUGAACCACCCGGCCGCCAUGUUCUGGGGCCGGCCCAAGUCCCACCAUCACCACACGGCGGGCGGCGGCGCCGGUCACGUGACCACGCACCCCCACCGGACCAGCAUGCACCAGGGCGUGGGGGCGGGAGGGGGAGGAGCGAAUGACGGGGAGGGACCCAGCAAACACGGACACGCCGCCACCUCACUUCCUGCCGUGCAGGAAGCCGCGCACCAUCAUCCCAUGGCGCAUAGCAACGGCAACUUCCUGCCAGGUUACGGUGGCGGUGGGGGGGGGCCAGGGGGGGAGUGCGGGGGGAUGAACAAGCAGGGCCACGCCCUGCCGGACAUGAUGGGCCUAUCGGACGGCAGCGGCUUCCUUGGGGGGCUUGGCCUGCCGCCCGGGGUCAUCGUCAUGGCGAUGGGGUCGCCGGGGGGCGGAGUCUCGGACUCCAGCAGCGCCUUCCAGAUGACGGGCGGCCAGCAGCAAGCUAGCUCCUCCCCCUGCCCCUCCUCCUCCCCCUCCUCCUCGGGGGUAGCAGGGGCCGGGGGCGGGGCUUCGUCGUCAGGGACGGUCGCUAAGAGGAAGAGGAAGCGUUGCGGGGUGUGCGGGCCGUGCAGGCGCCUCAUUAACUGCGGCGUGUGCUCUUCCUGUCGGAACAGGAAGACGGGUCAUCAGAUCUGUAAGUUCAGGAAGUGUGAAGAGCUGAAGAAGAAGGCUGGAGGACUGGAGCGCCCCCCCUCUGUUCCGACCGGCGAGGCGUUCCGUUGGUUCUUCUAGAAUCCUUCUUCACCAAUGGGAGAUCCGAGAGAGGACAACCAGGAAGUUGGCGGCACCGUAAUGUGUCCCACAGUCAGGAUAUUUGGAUUACGACCGACUGUUUACAACCCCAAUGCAAUUUGUACAAACUACAAAUCAAAUGUUACCCGAAUCAGGACUUGCUGAAAGAGGAGGAGAUGAUGGUGGUUCCAUGUUGGCUUAGUCCGAUUCAGAUCUCACCCACUAGCUAGCCUUGUUAAACCAGCUAGCCAUUUUAAACCAGUUAGCAUCGUUAAAAAAAAGGCUAGCUUUGUUCAUCAAACUAGUUUUAUUAAACAAGCUAGCCAUGCUGAACAAGCUGGCCCUGUGAAUCGCGCUAGCCUUGUGAAACACGGUAGCCUCGUUCAACAAUCUAGCCAUGUUAAUCAAGCUAGCCUCGUAAACAAGCUAGCCGUGUCAAUCAGGAUAGCCUUGUUAAACAAGCUAGCCUUUUUAGCAGUUCAGAUGAAUACCAGUUAGCGUCGGAGCAGAGUCAGUCAGGCUAGCUGGCUAGCCAUGUUACUUGUCUCUUCAUACCUUUCAACCAUUCACAGCUAACGACUAGCCGUACUUUACUUUCAGUCCAUCAAUGUGAUCCUUACCUCAACUAAAAGCCUGGCGUUAUUAUUGUGUAAAAUUGAUCUAAUAUCAGGUGGGCAGCAUAAACCUUCCGGAGAAUACAUUAAGCAAGUUCCACAAAAUGAUGUGACUGGGGAGCAUUUCCUACACCGCCAAGAUUUGUCACUUUCGAAAAUCUCUGUUGAGGACGACAAUCCGAACAUUGUUUGUGAUUGGCCGAAAAUCAUGGAGGGCGUGAUUUAUUUCGGUUUUAUUUAUGGAAUAAAAAUGGAAUAUGGAACAGUCAGUGAUCAAACUACAAAUCGAGUUUGCCAACAAGAAACUUCUUGCGUCUCAGCCAACCAAAAUGUUUGUAAUUUAUUUUGAAAUAUGCUGACCCCUUAAUCCAAACUUCACAUUAGUGUGUCAGCUCACAGCCAGGUGUCUCCUAUCCUCCCGAAGAGUCCAGAUUAUCUCUGUGGAGCCAACAAGGACCAAGUUUUAUAAAGACUGUACCCUGUAGCCCUGAAAAGGCCUGCUGGGAACAAAACAAUGAACUGCAACUUCUCCAGGACUACAAUACCCAUAUCACUGUUGUGUGUCCCCACUGUCUACCUCCUGGGCCAGAAUUCAAAAUGCACAUUGUCGACUAAAGGACGAUUGGUGACUCGCUUUGACAAACACAUUGACAUUGCAGCUGUAGACCAGAAUCAAGAGAAUCUGGAUGAGGCGUCUACACUGGAUUGGUCGUCGGUGUGUAAAACACUGUUGGUGAAUUUAGGGGAGGGGCUUAUUUUAUAGGGGUGGGGUUGGGGUUCAAACUGUGAAACACACAUGCACACACACACUCACCCAUAAAACACACACACACACACACACACACACACACACACACACACACACACACACACACACACACACACACACACACACACACACACACACACACACACACACACACACAUAUAUUAGGUAUAAACAUGCAUUCAUUAAAGGUAUAUAAAUACAACAUACAUACAUUUACACAGAAGGACAUAUACUUUGUACACACACGCACACACGACAGGUAACGGCGAUGGUGACGACGGCUGUGACCAUAUCACCAUCUGUUAAGCACCCCAUCACCAUGGUAACCUCGUCACCACGGUAACCUCAUCACCAUGGUAACCUCAUCACCAUGGUAACAGGACAGUGUUACAGAAAUGUGUCUCAGAAUAAAAACAAAGUUCAAAUAAACUGCCAGAAAGUUG